GCAGUAAAAAUUUAUUGUUUUCUAUACUUUUCUCAUCUUACUUUAAAGUUUCUAAUUUUCUUUUAUUUUUUAUAUAAAUUUCAGCAGAAAGUUGUCUGUACAUAUGUUGUAGGCAUAUUCAAAAGCAGUGCAUCUUAGAAUUGAUAAAUAUUGCAACUGUUUGGGAAAAUAAAUACUGAUAUAUAAUACGCCCCCUGCAUAAGGCGUGUAAUCAAAUAUUAAUAGAACGCACUUAGCCUAAUUAAGGGGAAUGCACGGGAUUAAAGAGAAAAAAUUUAGUACUAAGGCCUUAACGGGGCAACAAGCUCAAAAAUCUAAUAUACAAGCGCUGAAUACAAGUUCUACAGAUGCAAGCAAAAUGUUGGAAGCAGCGCUUCAGCAAAUGGACGGCAUAAUAUCUGGAAAUAAUAAAGGAAAUUAUGGUAUAAAUAAUGAAGCUCCAAGAAAUCCAUGUUCAGUAAAUACAAAUGUACUUCCGGAAAGGAACUUAAUUUCGGCAAAUAACGUAAUUUCAACUGCUAAAACAUUGGCUCUGGCCUUACAACAGGUAGGACUUGUUGCACCUGCACCAGACCCAGAGACUGCAUCGGUGAUAAGUAAUUGGUUAGAAGCACAUAUACCUCGUCAAGAUGCUGAUGAACGACUACUGAGACUACAGCGUGAAAAGGAAUCACUAGCUAUAGAAUAUCAAUUACUUGCUGACCGCCUUUCUGAACAGACUGAUAAAAUUUUAGAAUUCGAAGGAUUACUUAAUGAAAGAACGCAAUUGUUGAGUGAUCGAGAUGAGCAAUUACAACGACUCAUGCUUUCGAGGUCCACAUUAGAAACACAAAAAUUAGAGCUAAUGUCAGCCCUCAGUGAAUUGAAAUUGCAUCGAGCAACUUUAGAGAGGGAAAAUGUAGAAUUGCGAGCCUCGGAAAAGAAAGUGAAUAACAUAAGCACUAAUGAAGCUAUAAUGGCACGUAAACGACCACCUUUCGGUAGUAUGGGUAAUUUGAAUCAAACAAAUUUCAGCAGUAGCGGCUGUGUAGGAUCUCCUAAAACGCCUCCUGCUUCAUUACAACAUCAGAUACAUCCGCAAUACCAUAGCUUACCGCGAGCUCAUAAUCUCAAACAUAAUAACAAUUUAGAAAACCAUCGUCAGUUGGACGGAAAUGCAAAUAUGCAACGACAACGUAAUGUUGCAUUUGCUUCUAAUGAAAAAAUACUUAUUGAUGAUUCAAAAAAUACAUUUUCUGGAACAGAAAUCGAUGCAAUAGAUUGUCGAGAAGAUUUAAUGAAUACCAGCUAUAUUUCAUCGCCAAACUUUCGAGAAAGAUCGACUAGGGGACUAAAAGGCAUCUUUGGUAAGUUAAGGCGGAGUAACAGCGGAAACUUGGAAUUACCAUCACUGGAAAAUACCGAAGCAGAGUUUAAAAGGGGGGGCUUUACACGUGCUACCGCAGGCGGGCGUAUUGAAUGGGCAACACCAUCUUCUCAGCUUUCAACAUUUUUCAAAGGUUACAAAGAAUGGUCGCCACAAGAAGUUUGCAAUUGGCUAACUGAUCUAGGGUUAGGAGUUUAUUCUGAUGAUUGUAGGAAGUGGUUAAAAAACACCACAAGCGUAUGUUUUUUCACAGCCUCUCCGGUAGAUAUUGAACGAGAGUUAAAUUUAAAGACAACCUUACAUCGGAAGAAAAUACAACUAGCAAUUAACGAACUCACAGGAAAAGAAGAUGAUCCUCUAGCUAUAAAAGCUGCACACCUUGAUAUUAGUUGGGUUAUGCGUUGGCUAGAUGAUAUUGGCUUACCACAAUAUAAAGACCCUUUCAUGAUGGCUAAAAUUGAUGGACGUAUGCUUCAUCGUUUAACAAUGGAAGAUUUGUCGCAGUUGCAUGUGUACUCUUGCUUACAUAUAGCCUCAUUACGUUGCGGCAUCCAAUGUAUGCGUGAGAAUGAAUGGAAUGCUGAGUGUCUAAUACGGCGCUCAGCUCGAUCAACAGGGCCACCUUUAGAAUCGGAUGAUCAUUCUUUGGAAGGAGAUGAAAAAACUCCCGAAGAAAAUGUAGAAAAGAUUUCAUUAUGGACGGCACAUCGAGUGAUGGAAUGGUUACGGGUUGCUGAUUUAUCAGAGUAUGCACCCAACUUGCGUGGUGCUGGCGUACACGGUGCACUAAUGCUUUAUGAACCAAGAUUUACUGCCGAUCUAUUGGCAGAUUUGUUAAGUAUUCCUCCAACUAAAACUUUGUUAAGGAGACAUUUGGCAACACAUUUUAAGGAAUUACUAGGUCGAGAUAUCAUUCAAAACAAGCGUGACACCCAAUCGACUCCAGGAUAUCAACCUUUAGCAAUAACUUCUAAAAUAAAGCCACCAAAGAAGACACAAUUUUCUUUAAAGCGAAGGAAAAGCAACAAAGGUAAUGGGGAUGUCGACUGGACCGAUUACGUGUGCCCCAUGAUGACUUCGUGUCUUAGUAAUAAGGAGCAAAGUAAAGCUGCAUCUCCAAGCAAUUCCAACAGCUCAACAGUUGAUAUGCCCUAUACUGGCAAUUCAAACAAUCCUAAGGAACAUAGUUAUGGCAAUAUUACCCAAUAACUAACCAAAUGUAUACAUAUAUGUACAUACAUACAUAGAUGUUGAAAAUAUUAAUAUUUUUAUUUAUUGACUAUAAAAUUUUCGGUAUUUAACAUUUAUUAAUAAUUUUGAUUUCUCCACUAUAUUUACUUCCGCUACAUGGUAUGUAUAUCUUGAAGAUAUACAAUAAUUUGAAAACACCAUCACACAUUUAAUUCUUUAAUGUAGCAAUUUAUGCAGUAAAGUAAAUAUGGACAUAUGGCAAUCUUUACCUUUUUUAAAGUUACCACUUUUAGAACUCAUUUUUAAAAAAGUACAAUGUCUUCCAAAUAAAUGUGCAUAAUAUAUUGUAAAUUAAACGAUAGGCGUAAAAUAUUGUAUUCGACAUUGAAUGCAAUCCCAUGGACAUUUAUUAAAUAUUAAUCUUUCGAAAAGAUUCAAACUGACCUUAUGAAAAAGCUUUUAAUUCACCAAAUGUAUAAAUAACAUACUUAAGUUAUUGCCUUAAAAAUAUUAUUUUUUAAUAAAAUUCAUAAAUUGAAAAAUGA